GGUGGACAACAGUGCAAAAAUAAGCUCUAGCUAACGAAAAGCAACGGUGACAGCAGUCCAUAUAGGCUAACUUUAAAAGUGGCAGCGGAGGGAGGUGAAUUUACUAGUAGCCAGAAUUCCGCAUCCUUCGUCGGGCUGCGUCGGAGCGUCCCACCAGAGGAACUUACAUACCUACUGAGAUUUGUCACGCAUAUUGUUGCGGUUCGCAUUCGCUGGUGACUGUGUGAAAAGAAGCAGCAUCAUUCCUUUGGACUUCGAGGUAAAGUCUGACGCUUUCUGAACUUGUUGUGUGGCGGACUUUUCUGCGACAUGUGAGGAAAGUUCUCGCUUUCUUCACGUAGAAGCUUAAAGUUUAUUGCCUCCGGAACUUCAGACACGGAGGUGAAGAAGGAUAUUUGAAGAGUCUUACUCAAAGGACGAUUUCUCUGAAACCACAUGUCACGGUGAAGCGAGGACGAGUCAGGUUGGUGGUUUUGAAUUCACGAGUCUCAAGUUUCUGCCGCCCUGGCCAGUGAUAUUAACGCGUGAAUUUGACCUGGGAUAAGUUGUCAACAAGAGGCAAACUGGCAGGUGUAUAAGUACAUUUACAUGCAUGGGCAUACGUAUAUCUUGCUGCACUAUAAAUAGAAACUCGUGCUUAUGUAUUAAACCCUGGGCACUCAUCUUCAGCCCUUUUCAUCAUAAUCCCAGUGAAACCCACGCGUGUCGCUUUGGCUGUUAGGGUAGGUGUCGUCGCAUGGACUGACAUGGCCACCGAUCUCGCCAUGAGCGCAGAUUUGCCCAACAGCCCCCUGGCUAUUGAAUAUGUCAACGACUUCGAUCUCAUGAAGUUUGAAGUCAAGAAAGAGCCCCCGGAGGCCGACCGCUAUUGCCACCGUCUGCCCCCGGGCUCGCUAUCCUCCACCCCAAUCAGCACACCCUGCUCCUCGGUGCCUUCCUCACCCAGUUUCUGCGCCCCCAGUCCCGGAUCGCAGCCUGGCCAGAACCUCGGAAAUGGCGUCAACAACAACAACAACAGUGGCAACAACAACAACCAAGGCUCCUCGGGCAAGCCGCAGCUGGAAGAUCUCUACUGGAUUCCCAACUACCAGCAUCACAUCAGUCCAGAGGCCCUCAACCUGACGCCCGAGGACGCGGUGGAGGCGCUUAUCGGUAACGCGCACCACCACCACCAUCACCACCAGCCCUACGAGGGAUUCCGCGGUCAGCAAUACGUCGGAGAAGACCUCUCGACGGCCACGAACGGGCACCAUCACCCGGUGCACCACCACCACCAUCAUCACCACGGCCACCACGCGCACGCGCGCCUCGAGGACCGCUUCUCGGACGAGCAGCUGGUGAGCAUGACAGUGCGCGAACUCAACCGGCAACUGAGAGGCUUCAGCAAAGAAGAGGUGAUCCGUCUCAAGCAGAAACGGCGAACCCUGAAGAACCGCGGCUAUGCGCAGUCGUGCCGCUACAAGCGCGUACAGCAGCGCCACAUGCUCGAGAGCGAAAAGUGCACGCUUCAGAGUCAGGUGGAGCAACUCAAGCAAGACGUGGCGCGUCUGAUCAAAGAGCGGGACCUGUACAAGGAGAAGUACGAGAAGCUCGCGAGCCGAACCUUUAACGGCGGCGGCGGCAGCGGAGGCGGCAACACUCGGGACCCGUCCAGCGGCACUCACGGCAAAACCACUUCCACGGAAUUCUUCAUGUGAGAGUGAUUCUUGUUAAAGACUUUUUCCGCACCAACGUAUUCGUUUUUUAAACCUUCAUUUUUAUGAUUUUCAGUGUGAACUUAAUUUGCAGUUCUUACCUUAAACACUCAGUGUCCAUUUUAGAACAUACACUCUUAAAAAUAAAGAUCUGAUGCCGUGGGAGAACCUUUUUAGAUAAUUUACUCUCAAGAACUCUAGAGAAACAUCCUUGUACUGGUGCUUCAAAGAACCCAAAACCCAAUAUGCAAAUCUAUAGAACCCAUAACAUCCAGCACUUUUUCUUUCCCAAAGAACUACCCGCCAAAAUAGUUUUUGACAAGCAAGUCCUUAAAGUGCUGAAAGGAAACAUUCAGAAAUCUUUAUUUUUAAGAGUGUAGAGUCUAACAUUACAGCUACAUGUUUAAAGUCUUCACUCAUUAUUUGUGUAUAUUACUGUACCAUAAAAGUCUUAAGGUUAGUGUAAUGUUAGGAUUAUCUUCCACAGAUACUGCACGGACCCUUCUACUUCAUAAGACCUCCGAUCUAAAUAUGGGAUCACGCAUAACCACCAAAAACCCAUCUGUUUUGGAUUCUGUAAAUUUGUGUUUUUUCUUUUUUCUUUUUUUUAGUUGUAGGCUAACUGAAAAGUCAGACAUGUUUAAAGACAGCCGCUUCCUUUUUUGUUGUUGUUGUUGUUGUUGUUGUUGUUUUGUUUUGUUUUUUUCGUCUUAACGGAAUGACGAGUCUUAAUUGCGAUGAGAACAUACUGGAAACGAAACUUCAGCUUGUGAAGGGACUUUGUAAGGAACAAUUCUAAUAUUAAAACACUUAUAAGCAAGAAAGGGAGAUAGCAAUACAUCCUUGACUUUUCUCAGUCAUGAACUGAGGUUGAGGGGACUUGUGAACUUUGAGGGCCCUCAAGCAUUGCUCAAGUCUGCAUUACCCCACCAAUCCUGCAUGCGGGACAUGUAUGGUACUCCAAACGCGCCAGGUCCUUUUUCUCUCUUCCUCAUACAGCACUUGGAUGAAAAGCAUGGCCCUUAAUCACUCUCUCUUCUCUCUUUUUUUCGUUUCUUCUGCUCGACACAAACCGUGUAUGUGAAGGAACUCAUGCGUACCUGCGAAAUCACAUGAAAUCCGUCCUUGCAUUUCUUUUUCUAUUGUUUAGAAGUACUGAAUAAGAACAAAGGAAAAAAAAACCCACCGAACUGAGCCAGAGUUAUUUAUUCCCACUUGUACAUAUGUAGAGGUCAAAUGGUGUGUUAAUUUAACUUUUUAAAGUCCUUUUUGCUUGAUUAUUUAAAACGUCUUAAUACGAUGUUUGUAUGUAGUAGCAUGCAAAUGACAAAGAUAUUCUCAUCCUAUUGAAUAUGUACAAUUUCAAAGGAAGCUUACUGCACUACGAUUCGAAGAAUUGGGAUUUCUAUAACAUUUCUUUUCCUCUGUGUUAAUCGAAUUGCUGUUAUGGUGGACAUAGUUAGUCGAUCUAAAGUGCAUAUAAACACAAGGACUUUAAUUGCUGCUAAUAUUCUAUGCACCAAAUUCGAAAGCAAUUAACAGAAGCUCUGAUUAUGUGAAUUUUGUAUUUCAAAGUAAACGAAGGUAUGUAGAAAACCGGUUAGACAUGGAUAUCAAAAAUAACUAAGAUCAUCUCAAGAAAGUUUUUUAUAUAUACAUAUAUAUUUGUCUUAAUGACCGGGAUGAUGAAUGACAUAAAACUGUUAACUUCAAAUAUAUGACGGCCGUCGUCAGUAGAGCAAGAAUGGUUGUUUUAACUUUUUAUGACAUAAUAAAUCUGUAGCAUACUCUGUAUAAACAGUUGCCUAUUGUUUUGCAUUACAACAUUGUGAUGAUAAUAGGCUUCCGACCACUACAGGUAGAUGUCAAGAGAUUAAACGCGGAUAUAAUUCAACAAUAAUAGAGGGCUUGUGUGCAAACUUCGCUCUAAGUAAUCAUGCGCAUUUGAGGUUGAAAUAUAGCCCAUCUUGUUCAGGCUAAAUGAAGAAGUUGCCAAAAUGGAUUAUCUAAUGCACGUAAAUUGUCUUAAGUCAGUUUUCAAAUUCUUUCCGACCUGUGUAUGCUUAGUUUCCUAACAGAUCUAUCGGCCAGAAUCCUAAGAUAAUGUCUCCAAGUAUGCUCCUUUACCUGGGUUAGUAUCUGCUUGAUAUCUCACCUGAAAACCACUGUUAACAUUGAUUAUUUUUUUCGGUUAAAUUAUGAAUUAUGAUACAGUUCGUCAUGAAGCAGUUUCUCUGUCUUUUGGUCUAAUUUGAGGCACAGCGGCUUGAGGUUACAUAACCACAUGUGCUGUCAUGUGUGCUGUCUUAUGUAAAAAAAAUAAAUAAAUAAAAUGGAAAAAAAGAAAAAAACUGUACAUAGCUUAUAAUUUCUAUAUAUUUAUCGAAAUUAUAAAUGUCCUUACGUGUCAGUAAGUCCAAACCAAAAUGUUUCGAAAUGGAAUGUUGUUCAGAAUCUUGUUUUCAUAAUGUUUAAUAAAAA